GGGGUUCUGUUAAAUUGUUACUGAGCAGGAGAAUGCCUGAACCCUGAGAGUGGAAGGAGGGGGGAGACAAGGGGAUCAUCCGGAGCUUUGUCUGAGAUUUCAUCAUACUCUGUAUGAGUGAGGACGAUGAAGGCACUGGGGGCAGCCGGGGAGACAAAGCACCUUGUGGCCACCUGAGACAAUGCUGCCAGUGCUGAGGCAGUAGCCCCGGAGCUCGCCACCACGUGUGGGAUGCUUGCCUCCUGUAAGUUUGGGAAAGUGUGCUGCAGACACAGGAGGGGCAUUGUGUACUAGCAGUGGGGAGGUCCCAGACUAGUGCUGUCUGCUGAAGAUGAGGGGCUGCACACACUGAUCGCGGCUGCAGGAGACGCACUACUCGGAGCGCUGACACCGCCACCUCUCCCCGGAGCCCCUGCAAUGACAGCUGUCGCCUACAUGGACUUCGUAGCUGCUCAGUGCCUGGUCUCUAUCUCCAACCGAUCUCAUCACCCUGAGGACCAGGAGGUGAAAGGAGCGCAGCCCCUGUCCCCCAGCCUAGAAGCCCCGUCAGCACCUGCCAAGAUGACCGAGCCAGAGCAGAGUGUGCACCAGCCGGGGGUGACCAAGGAGCAGCACCAUGACGGCCCCGGGGACGCCUGGAAGGACUACUGCACCCUGCUCACUAUAGCCAAGAGCCUGCUGGAGUUGAACAAGUACCGGCCCCUGCCCUCACCCGUGUACAGUGACGAGGAGCUGAGCUCGGACAGUGACGUGACCACCGAGUCCGGCCACAGCUACAGCAGCAGCAGCACUACUCUCAGCAGCCUCACGGACUACAGCCCCGAGCCAGACUCCUCGCAGGCACGCCCACCCAGCCCGGACACGCCCAGCAGCUCCCCGCCACGCCCCGCCGGCUCCUCAAGUGAGAAGAGGCACAGGUGCCCCUAUACUGGCUGUGGCAAAGUGUAUGGCAAAUCCUCCCAUCUCAAAGCCCAUUACAGAGUGCACACAGGUGAACGUCCAUUUCCAUGCACAUGGCCCGACUGCCUUAAAAAGUUCUCCCGGUCAGAUGAGCUGACUCGCCAUUACCGGACGCACACGGGUGAGAAGCAGUUCCGAUGUCCCCUGUGCGAGAAGAGGUUUAUGAGAAGUGACCACCUGACCAAGCACGCCCGUCGCCACACAGAUUUCCAUCCAAGCAUGAUAAAAAGGUCCAAGAGGUCCAACUCAACCUUUAUCUGAGUAUACAAUCAUAGAGUAACCAAGCUGUUAAAUGAAAAUCUCAGCUGCUGUACAUAUCAUCUUCUUGCAUCUUGUCAAAGGAAAUGUAGCAGUUUAACAUUCAUGCUUCUGCAGCAGUGUAUUUAAAGGAAAUUGCUGCCCAGUUUCUUUUGGUGGCAUCCAACUCUAGGUAUUUUUCUUUGUAGUGGUGUGAUCUGUACCAUCACGGUUUUGACUGUACGAUCGUUUGUGCUUGCGCUGGCAUGCAUAUGUGUUUAUGAAAUAGAAACCACAAUGGAUUAGCUUUACAUUUGUGAACCAAGUAUGAGGACACUUGCAUAGAUAUAUAAGGGAAUCCUUUUUUCUCGUUGAUGAAAUUCGGAACAUAUACAUUUUAUGAAGCAAGCUGGUAUAGAACAAGCUUGAACUUGUUUUCUUGUGGAAUCAUGUCUUACAAAUGUCUUGAAAUCUGUGUUUUAUUGUUGAUGGAAUAUUGAUCUCCCUAUAAUAUGGAUAAAUGCAAUGACCUCCAUUGACUGGGGCACUUUUCUAGGACCUGCGCAAUUAUGGUGAAGGAAAGAAGAAAGAGGAGUCAACGUAAAGCUAAUUAAGCGCUGGUAAGCGUAUUCGGGGGCGCUCUGCCACCCUGACUCUCACCUGUUCGGAGGUUGGGGAACACAUGUUGUUAAGGGGAGAUGCAAUACUCAGUAACCAAGUUUAUAUUCAGUAUACAAGACACACGUCCUGCAGUGGGAGUCUUUUCAUGCCAUGCCCAGCUUUCGGGCAAAUUUUGUCUCUGCGUCCAGUUUGACUGCAUCUUCUAAGGACUUACAUGCAGCUGUGUAAGAGACACUGAAUGAACAUAUAUGCCUUUACUCUGCAAGAUUAAAUGAAAAUUAUCUGAGGGUCAUUUUAAUAGAAUUGUACAUUGCUAUGCACAUUUUGUUUUCAACAUAGCAAUGGCAACCAGUUCUUGCAAAACCAGAAUGUUUGUCUGGGCUGUUGACAGAUGCAUUGCUGUCUUCUUAGUGCUUCGUUUCAGAGCACUGGGACACUAAGCAGUGUAAACUUGCUAGGAGUCUAUUGCAUAGAUCAAUGCCAGGCAGUUGGUCUGUCACUGCAUCCACUACAGUAUCGCACUUUCCGAUUGUGGGACGACACUGCAUGUACAGACGGACAGAAAGUGUCACUCUAUUAAAUGCCUCACUAUUGUGUCAUUUAGGUUCUUAAUAUGAUUAUAAAAUUCACGUUUACAUCAUUUCAUUUGGUAGCCAGCUGCGCCAAAUUGAAUGAGGACUUUUUGCACCUUAUGUUUUCAGUGAUAAUUUCACAUGACGCCUAUAUUUGUAGACUUGUUCCAUACUGGGGAGGCUGACCAUUAGUGUGAGGGUCUCUUCAGCGGUGAGGGAGGGGGGGGUAACUAUGCAGAGUUUGGCCACACAGGCAGUUUACAAAUUUCAUGUCUUUGUACAAACAAGAUUAGGUCCAUUCCAUGUUCACAUUAGAUAUAAGCACUCCGAUCACUCCACAGGUUCCUAUUUAAUAAAUAGAAAGGACUGUUGUGAAAAUUGUCCACAGAAUAGAGUGGCCCAUUUUAUGUAUUUUAUUAACCCAAAUUCUAGAGAUAUCGUGUCACAAACCAUUCAAAACAACCUGCUCAGAUUUUCUAUAUUUUCUUUUCGUUUACUGAUUCACUUAGCCUUUAAAAGAAAUUUCAUAUGUGCACGGGAAUGGAACAUUCGAUGUAAUUCUGAUCCCAGAUAUGAUAUCAUAGCCCUUGGGACAAUUUUAUAGUCAUACAAGUGCCAAGGGUCUUGUUUUUAUACUGUUUUAUAGAAUUUUCACAUGGCUCCAGUGCCUCCUUCAUUGGGUGUCUUCAGAGCAUUUCAUUCAGUAAAACGUACAUGUGACUGAGUCUCCUGCACAAGUAGGGGGGUUGAUAGUCAAUCGUAAAAACUAGGGGUUCUGUGUCAGUAUAACAGAAGAUACAAGCCUGAAUGUGACUUGCAUUCCUCCUUGUGCAGAAUUUGGAUAGAACGGUGCAGAACUAGAGGUACAGCACAGCAGGCACCUUGUUUUUACUUUUAUUUCGUACUCUUCCUUAAUGACAAAUUACUAAUACACAAUAUGCAAUCAUAUAUCUGUCUUUAGGCCAUAGAAAGACUGUUGCAAAAAUACACUACAGUUCAACUAUACUAUGAAAUAAGGAAUGUCAGGAAAAAAUAAACAAAAAACCAUUAUACACUUUCUACCUCUGUUUCAGUUUUUGAAACACCUAUUUCUUUAUUCCACAUAACAAAAUAAUUCUUCCAGAAACAAAACAACCAGAUUUAGAAAAGAAAAAAAAUAGCAAAAAAAAGAAAAAAAAUUAAAAAGGAACUUGAAAAAAAAAAUGGUAUGGUUUGGUUUAACCUUUUUCUUAUUUACUGCCAGGGGCAGCAUGUGGUUUUAGAGGGAGAUCUUUGUAAAAGGCUAAAUGAGGACAACUACAAGCAUUUCUGGUUUUGCACAUUGAGCAGAAAUUUAAAAAAAAGAGAGGAGCUUAACAUCAACAAGCACAAAUUCUAUAUGGUGACUUCAUGUAUCAUGUUAUCGAAAUCCUUGUGGGGGUUUUCCUGUACUUUCAUUUUCAAACCCCCCGAGCUCUGUGUGUGAUCAUUGAGAUAAUACUGUCUGUCUGUUAAGUAGUUGACAUAAGAUGUUUGAGCAUUGUAUUAUACAGCAUCCUGACAUGCUUUAAAGGUGUAUAGGUACAGUACAGGUUUCAAUUGGAUUUGUAGUGGUGAUUAUGAACAGCUAUAUAAAAACAAGCUUCAACGCGUUUCAGCUUAUAAAUACAACCACAUCACUUUGUUUUAAGUUUGAGAUAAGUGAACUUUAGUCAAGGUGACAUUAAGGAGGUGAUGUUAAUUUUGUGAUUGAAUUACGACGCAUGUGUCUUUACCACUUCUGAUGAAAACAUUGUUUUUAUAACCUUUUAUAACACUUUGCUGUGGCUUUAAAUUGAGAGGGACGCCUAGAGCUCCAUAGUGUCGAAUUCAGGAAUAAUAAUACUUGUUUCAUGCAUGGAAUUCCAUCAUUCUGCUUUUUUUUUUUAAACAUCUUUGUAAUGCUCAGUACAAAACUGGUGAACAACAAGGACAAGAACGACAUUCCAAGAAAACCAGUCUACGCCCUCACGAGGCAGAAGGAAUCAAACCAUAAAUCUAAUUUAACAGGAAUUUUACUUACCGUGGCAUCUACAGUGCAAUGUCCAGUCAUUAUCACUGUAAAAGAAAUGGCUCUGGGCAAUAAACUUCUGAAUUAUUAACGUUUGGGAAGUCAUUGUAUAGUUUACAUGUCUCAACAUUACAUAGAAGAUUUUCUUUUUUACCUACUUGUAUCAUAGUCUGGCCAUCUAGCCUUAGUAGAGAUUAGCCAGGCAAACCACAGGCCUUAAAGCAAACCUUUCAUGUGUUUUAUACUGCUCUAUCUAUCUGAAAGCAUGAUAUGAUAGAAGGAGAGUAACUGAGUUUUAUAAUAUAUAGGAUUAUAUGAUUUGGUGUAAAUAUUGACAGGACUUAUAAGAGAUAGAGUGAAAGCCCAUGGACACUACAGAAAUCCAGCAAGGAAUUUCCUUACUGAAUUCCGUCAGCAGAUCCACUAAGUCUUGUGCUAAAUUUAAGUGUCGAAAAGAAAAGCCCCAUUGACUAAUGGGCCUUUCCAACUGGAUUCUGCUGAAAGAAUGAACAUGUUCAUUCUUUCUGCGGAAUCCAGAUCCAUGUUGGAAGUUCUGCUAUGGAACCUCUGUAGUGUGCACUAAGCAGCAGAAUCCUCUAAGAUCAGUAAGAUUCUACUGCAAGUGGAUUCUGCUCAGAAUCAACUCCAAGCAGAAAAUUUGUAGGGUGCAUGAGCCCUAUGAGUGGGUGCAUGGGCCCUAAGAGUCCCCCACCCACACCAAGUUCUCGACAGCUUUCCCUGCAUCACUGUAUGUAGAGAAGGUUGUCACUAUGUGUAGGUGUGAUCAUCAGGAUUCUCAAUGUCUCUCCAAGGAUUCCCUUUAUCAUAUGCAGCUUCCAGAUAGGGUUGCAUAAAUCACCUGUCAGGUUCAGUUCAGAGUGUAAUUCUAGUUUGGCAAUGUUUACACGUUAACAAAUGCUUUCUGCCCUUACACGGUUUAAUAGUUGAUCUUAUAUGCUGAUCAAACCCAUAGUUGGCCCAUGUAUGGCCAGCUACAGAGUGCGUCUGGCCAAAAGGAGCACUCACUAUUGCACAAGGAGAUUUUCCAAAAUGCUGGAAAACCUCCUUGCACUUAGGAAAAAAAACUUUCUUUUUCUUAUAGAAGGAGGAAGGAUUGAAAAGCUAAAAUGCCACUGUUGUCAAGAGGUCUUUUUGAAGAUAUCUCCCAAAUCAUAGUGGGUUUAAUAAGGAUGUGAACACUUUUGCUACCAAAAAGAAAUGCUCAGUUAUUUUGUGUGUACAGCUCCCAUGCAGACUAUGAACAAACCCUUUAUGUAAUCUGAUCCUCUAUUCAUUUGUUACUCCACUUCUCUUUUUGCUGACUUAAAGGGGUAAUUCCCCAGCGUCCGGAACAUUUUGGUCCGAUUGCUGGGUGCGGGCUGCGGGGGUCUUGAUGUCAUGGCUACGCCCUCUCAAUGCAAGUCUAUGGGAGGGGGCGUGGCCACGCCCCCUCACAUAGACUUGCAUUGAGGGGGCGUGGCCGUGACAUCACGACCCCCGCACCCAGCGUUCGGAACAACAUUUUCCGGACACUGGGGCAAUGGAGUACCGCUUUAAUAAAAGAGGUGACAGAUGGGAUGGAGUUACAAAACACUGUCUACACUUGAUGUUUGUUUGUAGUCUGUAACCAUGGAAACACAUAGGUCUGUAUAGGAGCUGUAGACAGAAAAAAGGGUACAGUUUUUUAAUCAAGGCUAUUUGCAAUGUUGCUUGAUUUUUUUCUUAUUUUAGAUGCAUUGAUACAAUAAAUAAUAAGGUUACAAAGGUGCCCACGGCUUUUAAUACCAUUUAUUGCAGAAAUGAUAUGCAUCUUUUUGGACGGUAAGGAUUUACACUUUAAGGGUGUGUUUUCACUCAUUGUACAGCAAAGUGCAUUUUCAUUUGAAAGUGUGUUUACAGUUCAGGAAUUAUUAGUACAUUUAAGAAUAAUGUAAAGGGAAAGAUAGAGGUACAGGAGAACGUGAAAAAAUAGGGGUUUUGCUUUUAUAUAUAAGAUCUGGUACAGAGGAGUUUAGUUAAAUUGAUAACAUUUAUAGGGUGAGUUGAUCCAACAAGGUGUAGUAAGGGUGAGGGAGGGGGGGGGGGAUCUUUGAAUGACAGGUAAUGUGAAAUCAUCACAAGCAUAAGUUAUUGCCUAAAGGGAUUGUCUGUUUAAGAAAACCAAUUUUCAAAUAUCAUAUUAGAAAAUUCUAUGUUAAUAGAGAAGGCUCCCUUGUUGUGGAUCCUUAUCUUUUAGUCAAAGCUGAUGCAUUCUACAUAAAGAGUCUGUUCCUUUAGAGGAUCCUGCACAUUCAUGCAUGACAUGGACAGCUCAUGUACCUUUAUGGGCAUGGUGCAACUUCAGCAGGAAAAUUGAACACAUCCUGCUACGUCUUCAUCCUCAGUUUAUGAUAAACAAAACUCAAAUAAUGUGCAAUACAUAUCGCCAUCCCAAAGCUACAAAUGUUUAUUUAGAAACAUUUUAUUAUAUUCUAUUUGAAUAGUUAUAGUCAGGAAUUUAGAGAGAAAUAGGAAAGACAAAACAUUUUCAGAGACUUGAAAUGACAUUCGUGGCCGACACAUUUGCCCUCAUUUACUAUUGCAAACCCGACAUGGUUAGUCGGGCUGUGCGCCCGAAAUUCUGUCUGUGCCAUAAUUUGCGCCAGAAUUGAAAAAAUCCCGACUAACUCUCCAUUUUGCUAUGAAAACCCGGAAAAGGGGCGUGACCGUCUGGGAAGGGGCGUGUUCACCCAAAAGGGGCGUGUUCCCGACAUUUUUUAACAAAAACCCAUCCCAAUAUAUUUACUAAGGUUUCCACAGAAAAUGUGGUGGAUUUGAGCUGAGAAAAACCCUACAGAUCAGAACAUGUGUAAAAAAAGCAAAAUGUAGGGAAAAGUGGAAAAUGUAGGGAAACCUUAGUAAACACUGUGGAAAAUAAAUUGUAGGGAAUUAAAACCCACAAAGAAACCUACACUCCACUCUUAGUAAAUAAGGGCCAUUGUUUCUAACCAUUAGUUUGUUUUGAGCACGCUGUGUAUUACACAUGGCUUACUUUGGGCCUAUGCAGCAAGUUUCUGAGCUUUACGACAUGUCGUAAAACUUAAAAGUUACUAGCAUCUGAGCAAACUAAUACUUUUCUAAAAGGGCUUCCUUGUCAUUCUGCAAUUCUCUGAAUACUUUGUACAACUUCUUGCCACAUUCAAGAUCCCUACUUACUGUUGGUUAAUGAAAACAUUCUUGUUUAUCCCCAGAGAGUGAAAACAUAUCCUGGGCUUGUCCAAUUGGCUUAGAUGUAUAUUACAAUGUAUACGAGCACUUUCAACAGGUCAUACCUUGGUAAGGCUUUGUUCACACCUGUGUUAGAGGCUCUGUUUCCCGUUAUAGCAAGCAGUGAUCUUGAAAAUGUCACGUUAUUGAAACACAACGUUAUUUAGAAAGUUAUAUAACUCUUCAUUGUAUAAAGAAUAGGCUGCACUUAAGAUUAAGCUGCAAACAGAUUGAAACCCUUUUUAAAGUGUAAAUUUACCAUUUGGUGGCACAAACUUGAGUCUAUCUUUAUGAGCUUUAUUUUAGGAGACAUAUUGGGGUUUUUCUUUAUGUCAACUUACUAACCUGCUCACACAGCUUCACUUUGCCUCCUAUGUAAGUCUUAUAUGAAUACUUAGUAUUUGGAAAACAACAUGAUUGGCUCCAAAAUUCUAAUCAAGUAUUCCAGAAAAUGUCACCUAAAAUUCUGUAUCUAUUUUUUUGGAGGGUAGAUAUUUAUAGUAAAUUCCCAUUAUUAUUGUCUUAGUUUCUGAAGUAUUCAGCAGUGACCUAAUUGGGAAACAUAGUAUUUAGCAAUAAAGCUAUUAAUAGAUGCUGAAUUUCACAACCAAUUGUUUUCAGAUUGUGAUAUCAUUUUCCUAUAACAAACUGUAGGCAAAAGGAGAUCCCGUAUGUGUUGUUGAGAUUAAAAUGCUUGAAACAUUUUCUGUUUGUUGUAAUAACAGAAAAAAGACAAAAGAAUGCAAGAUGGAAAUGUCAAAAAUUGAUCAAAUCACCUUUCAUCAAGUCUUCCAGAAUGGAUGCUGCCCGAGCAUCGGUUCUGAAAGGGUGGUAAGAUAUUACAGUUCCAAGUUUCGACGCAGAUCAAUAACUUGCAAUUUUCUAGCAUAGUCAUUUCUGCAACUGUUUAAUUUUUACAAUGUUAUUUUGUAUAGUUUCAUAAGUUAUUUCUGCUUUCUUUUGGUUUUGGAGAGCAAAAUAGAAUUGUUUAAUCCAAGGGUUGUACUACCCAAUUUUGUACAAGUGUAUAUAAACUGUUCCAAUAAAAAAUGUCAUACAAACA